UUCCAAAUAUUUACAGUGCCGAAUAGCAACAGACAAUCACAAAGCACCACACCAGACCUCUCUCUAAUCGUGAACAUGGCUCAAGUGGGUUCUCUCUCCGCCGAAAUGGAGACCCUGAACCAUGUACUUUCCCUGGUGGAGGCAUUCAGAGCCUUCGACGCCGACAACGAUGGGCGAAUCACGAAGGCAGAGCUUGGAGGAAUCUUGGGCUCACUCGGGUACAACGCUAGCGAGCAAGAAGUGAGUGCAAUGAUGCAAGAAGGUGACAAAAACAGAGAUGGGUUUUUGAGCAUACACGAGUUCUUGGAGAUGAACACCAGAGACUUGGAGGGUGGGAAUCUCGCCAGCACUCUCAGCACUGCGUUUGAAGCGUUGGAUGAAGAUGGGAACGAGAUUCUGACCGGUGAAGACCUUCAUGGCGUCAUGCAAAACUUAGGUCUGGACUUGUCCCUUGAAAACUGUGUUCAUCUUGUAGCUUCUCUUGAUGCAGACGGAGAUGGAGCUGUGAGCUUGGAUGAAUUCAGACUCAUAGUUGAUUCCCUCGUCUGAGAAAUAUUCUGUGUAUGUGUUAUGUCAUCAAUUAUCAUAUGUUUUUAUGUUUACGUAUAGCAAUAGGUAAUGUAUAGGUUAAGGAAUUGAAUAAGCACUUUAUAUAAUGCAUCAUAUCUUCUACGAUAA